AUGGCCGAGUGGCACGUGUCUGGUCCAUACCAGCAGCAGCAGCACACCGGUGUGCCGGCGCAGUCUGGAGGUGGGCCGGAGUGGUAUAGCGCGGGCGGCGCUUCUCAGUACUCGGCCACCAGCUACAGCUAUGAGACGAGCCGGGGCACGCAGGGCGGGGCGGCCUACGGAUCAUUCGAGGACGAGGCUCCUCUGCUUGAAGAGCUGGGCAUCGACAUCCCCGCCAUCCUCAGCCGCACCCGCAGCAUCCUGACCUUCCGGCUGGCGGGGCACGACAUGGAUCACCUGGAUCUGGGAGGCCCGCUCAUCCUCAUGGCGCUGCUGGGCUUUGCACACCUGCUGGUCGGCAAGAUGCAUUUCGGAUACAUCCUGGGCUGGAUGGUGGUGGGAUCCAUGCUGCUGUGGUUUGUGCUCAACAGCAUCACGGGGUCGGAGGACCCCGAGGCCAAGUCUCUGGACCUGUACAGCUGCACCUGCCUGCUGGGAUACGCGCUGCUGCCGCUGGUGGCCCACGCCUUCCUGGCCCUCGCCGUCCCGCGGCGAUCGGCGCCCAGCAUGGCGGCCGGCGGCGUGGCGGUUCUGUGGGCCUCCCACACCGCGGCCAAGCUCUUUGUGCGGCGCUCGCCGCUGCUAGACGGGCAGCACUCGGUGGUGCUCUUCCCCUGCCUCCUCAUGUAUGCCUCCUUCGCCCUCCUCUCCCUCUACUGA